AUGUCUGAUACAAACUUACAGGAAACUUUUGACAAUUUUGAUUAUAGUAUAGCUUUUGCUAAAAGUCUCACAUCAGAAAGUGUUGUCGGAAGCAUUAAAAGCAAUAAUAACAAUGAUUUAUUAAAUUAUGAUAUAGAAAUGCCUUUUCUUUUUAAUAAUGAUAAUUUUGAAAAAGCAAGUGAAUUUGUAGAAAAGGACGUAAAUAAGGAUAUAUUUUUAUUAAAAGAUAUUAAUUAUAAUACUGAUUUCGAUACUUAA